AAGCGAUGACUCCGGAUCUACCUGGCUGACGGCGUUUGUUUUGCGAGUCUUUGUGGAGGUUCAGGAGACGGCGUUAGUGGCUGUGGAUUCAGGCAUUCUGAAGUCGGCGACAGAGUUCCUGAUCAGUACCCAGAAAGCGGAUGGCUCCUUUCGACGAGUAGGUCAGGUCAUUCACCAGGAGAUGUUGGGCGGUGCCAGCGGUUCAGAUCUGGCACUCAGCGCCUAUGUGACGUCAGCCUUGGCGAAGGCGCAGUCCUCGCUUUCCCUCAGCACUUUGGCACCAGCGCUGGCGAAGGCCAAAACGUAUCUGGAAGCGCAGAGCUCCAGCGAUACCUAUGUGGCCUUACUUCGUGCUCAUGCCCUGGUUCUGGCAGGACUUUGGGAUAAGGAUCAAGUGGCAACUGAGGUGCUGUCCAAAUCCUCCACCACUGGCCUUUACCGUUAUUGGUCGCACUCAUCCAAUGCAGGUGACGGAAAGGCCUUGGAUAUCGAGAUGACAGGCUACGGCCUACUGGCGCUGACCCUCGCAGAUCGAUUGGGUGAAGCCUUUCAGGCGGUACGGUGGCUUUUGGAGAGGCGCACAGCCGCAGGAGGCUUCAGCUCCACACAGGACACGGUGGUGGCACUCAACGCCCUGGCGACGUAUGCCAUCAGCGCGGGGCAGAGCGUGGAUGUGGCGCUGGAGGUGAAAGACGGCCAGAAUUUCCAAGAAUCUCUGCAAGUCACAGCGCAGAACAUGGACGUGCUGCAAAGCCUCUCUCCCCCGGUGACAAGUGGCGCGAUGCCACUGACGGUGACCGGCAGCGGCAGUGGCAUGGCGCUGGUCAUGGCCAAUCUGGAGCAACGUGGCAAAAGAUUCACGAAGAACGGGUCCACAGAUUAUCUGGAGGACCCGCGCGGAAGAAUUCAUCCGCAGAGUAACAUUGAGGCUCGUGCUCCAGAUAGGGUGGCAGAACAGGUCGCCAUGCUUCUCACACUGCUCAUUCACGCGCAACAAGCAGAGGCGAUGGGUGACGACUACUACCAGUUCGGCAGCCAAGUGUUGCUUCGAGGGCAGGCAGCGGCAUACGAGCGACUUCGUUUAUGCCGAGGGAUUCAGAGGACCAGCAAAUCACACUCAUAG